UGAUCCACCUCCAAACAAUAAGCAGCUCUCAAGUGGGAGGAGGAUACAUAAGUUGGAGGAGAAAGAGAGAAUAAUUUCUGCUGGAGAACAGAGCUCCAGUUACAGAAUCAGAUAAUGAGGGCACUGGCACUGCUAAUGAAGGUGGGUUUUCAUAGGCGCCAUUCUACGAUAAUCAAAGAGCAAUGUGUUUCACACAGCCAUUUGGGAAGGCCGUAAAUGCAGUGACUAAUACUACACAGGAUGUCCACCAUUUGCUACAGGCCCACAAUGUCUCGGGCAUUGUUUCAGGCUUUAGGACCUGGGGGGCGUCAGGUUCCUCUCCCUCUCUGCUCCAUAUGGGUGGGACUGGAAAUAAGACUCCAGAGCAGAGAUUUUCAUUCACUGACACUAAGUUGGAUGUUUCUUUCACUUUACUCUUCUGUCAUCCGCCAUCAGGCACAGUAACUUCUUGCACAGCAGGGGAGUGCUGGGGAAUCUGUUUGCAUUCAUCAAGAAACUUGCAGGAUUAUUCAAAGGAUCCGAAAUGGCUUUUAUUGGUCACCGCCGCACCAUGUGGAUAACAAAUCUGUUCCUCCUCGCUCUGCUGGGCACAGCAGCCUCAGCUGCCACCUCUGCAUCAGCAGACAAAGUCUUGAGCAACCACGCCACCAUCUUAGCUGACAACAGCGCCAAUCUGGCUUUCAGCCUCUACCAAAACAUGGCCAAGGAGAAAACCAUUGAGAACAUCCUCAUUUCGCCUGUGGUGGUGGCCUCCUCUCUGGGCCUGGUGGCUCUCGGGGGAAAGGCUUCCACUGCCUCUCAGGUGAAAACCAUUCUGAAUGCGGCUAAAGUUAAAGAUGAGCAGCUGCACUCUGGUCUGGCCGAGCUCCUGACCGAAGUGAGUGACCCCAAGACCCGAAAUGUCACCUGGAAGAUUAGCAACCGCCUUUAUGGACCCAGCUCCGUCACCUUUGUGGAUGAUUUUGUCAAGAGCAGCAAAAAACACUACAACUGCGACCACUCCAAGAUCAACUUCAGAGAUAAGAAGAGCGCCGUUAACUCCAUCAACGAGUGGGCGGCCAAGUCCACCGGCGGGAAACUCCCCGAGGUCACCAAGGAUGUUGAGAAGACCGACGGGGCCAUGAUCAUCAAUGCCAUGUUUUUUAAGCCUCACUGGGAUGAACAGUUUCACCAUCAGAUGGUGGACAACCGUGGCUUCAUGGUGUCCCGUAGCUACACGGUCUCAGUCCAGAUGAUGCACCGCACAGCUGUCUUUAACUUUUAUGAAGACAAGACAAAUAAGCUGUCCAUUCUGAGCAUGCCCCUUGCUCAUAAGAAGUCUACUGUGGUGUUCAUGAUGCCGUCCCAUUUGGAGCCUUUGGAGAGGCUGGAGAAGCUCCUGACCAAAAAGCAGCUGGACACCUGGAUGGGGAAACUGCAGCAGACAGCUGUGGCGGUUUCCCUCCCAAAAGUCAGCAUGGAAGUCAGUCACGACCUGCAGAAACACCUCCAGGAGCUGGGUCUGACCGAGGCUGUGGACAAAUCCAAGGCUGACUUGUCCAACAUCUCUGGGAAGAAGGACCUCUACCUGUCCAGUCUGUUCCACGCCUCUGCCCUUGAAUGGGACACUCAUGGAAAUGAGAUUGACACCAGCAUAUUUGGCUCAGACAAGCUCAAAAACCCCAAACUGUUUUACGCAGACCACCCUUUUAUUUUCCUGGUGAAGGACCAGAAGACGAACUCCAUCCUGUUCAUUGGCAGGAUGGUCAGGCCGAAGGGCGACAAAAUGAGGGAUGAAUUGUAACAGCCCGUUUGCCCUGAAUCUCAGUUAACUGUCUUAUUGUGUGAGUGUAAAAUUUCUGCGGCAGUAUACUGAGAAAAACAGGAAAUGAAAUGCAUGGCUGAGACCACACAGAUGCAUUCCUUUAUGUCACAUGCUCACAGCAUUCCAGUGAAGAUAACCUGAGAGCAGAUUUAAGAUUGAGGACACAAAACACGAUGCACACUUCCGGUUUUUAGAUAAUAUAUACAAUAGUUUUAGAAUUGUCUUUUGCACCAAAAGCUGUCAUUGAACUUGUUCAUCUAUAAUUUCCUGAUGGGAACUUUUGCACAUGAAAUGGUUUGUUAUCACAUCUGUGUGCACAGCACUGUUACUUUUCUAACAAAAUAGUUUGACUCUUAUGUUCCCAAAUCUGCAUAUUUUUGUAUGAAUUUGAUUAACUACUGCAGCUUACAACGGGUCUUUUCCUUGGUUUCAAUAUGCCUGGAAUUUAAUAGGGGCUUAACAGUUAAACCUGUUUUCUGGCGUAUUUAACACAUUUUGUCUGUUUCUCACAUGUGCACUCAUGUUUUUGUGUUAUAAAAUAUAAAUGGUCUGUGACACGUUUCCUGUUUUUUGCAAUAAAAGAAUGAAAGAAACAACUACUGAGAGUCACUCUAGAAUUAGAAAGCAACCCUUUUUUCCCUUUAUUGGCUCAUAGCAGCCAUUUAGCCAUUGUCAGACAUGUUCAGGUCAGGUCCCCAGUGGCCUUUUCACCUGAAUAUUUCUUCUUUGUAUCCUUGAGUAACCUCCCUACUGGCAUUUUGUAAUGGAUUCUACAGACCCGACAGCCUGCUCGGGUACAUUUAUUGUACAUUGUUGAAUAAAUAUAGAUUUUCCAGGUGGGUUCAUAUUGGCAAAAGCUGAAGUCGUUAGAUGAACAGUUACUUAUUUAGUAAACAAAAACUAUGAUUUGAAAGCUGGCUUGGUAGGACAUGGUACUGUACUUGCCACUGUUUCAAAGUCUUCUUUAAUAUUGCCUGGUGUAUCACGCCAUCUAGGGGCCAAAUCGAUUUACUGCUGUGCAACUAUAUUUGAAGGUUAAAAAUC